AUGAUAAUAAAGCACUCCAACAAGAUCAGGAUGUCCAACAACAUGGCCAAGAUCGCAGACGCUCGCAAAACUGUGGAACAGCUGAAACUGGAGGUCAACAUCGACAGGAUGAUGGUGUCCAAAGCAGCUGCAGAACUCCUGGCCUUCUGUGAAGCCCAUGCCAAAGAGGACCCCCUGGUCACCCCAGUGCCUUCAUCCGAAAACCCAUUCAGAGAGAAGAAGAUUUUCUGUGUUAUUUUGUAA